CGAUACAGCAUCACCGAGAAAGCACUGUCCCGCCGUCCGCCAGGAACGAGUCAGCAGAUCGAACCGACAUCGAAACACGUCGACGGGGAGGCCACGGAACGUCGAGAGUAUUCCAGCAUGCCACGUCCCUCACGAGCGCGAAAGAAUCGUCGCAAUCGUAACAACAAACGGUCGAAUAAUCCACAGCAGAAGAACGAAUGUCAUGAUAAAUCGGCGAGUACGAGCGACGACAGACGCGAUGAAAAUUCGGACGUGGAGACUACUACUGAGAAGGAAAGCGUUGCGACCCCUAGGGACAUCACAGAUUCGCAAAAACUUGAAAAACUCGGUAUUGAUCACUUAGAAAACGAAGAUAAUCAGGAUUCUUCCAAAGACCGUGUGGAGCCGACGGACAAUCCUGGCGAAAAAAGACUCGAAGCCGUCGAACUUGCAGCAGAAAACCCAACGCCGAUUGGAACGAACGUCAACGGCCGAGCGAUCAAAGUGACAACCGAGGAAUCGUUGCCCGACGGUGAACAAAACAGCAGCCUUAAGCGAGCUACGAUCAACAAGCUUCAAGCUCGUCACGGGAGAAAAAGAUUGAAAGUUGAAAGAAGAGCGAUUAAUGCCGAAACUAAAAUCGUUGAAAUCAAGACUUUAAGUGGCAGCUCACCCCUGGCAGCGAGCGUCGGUCACGUCGCAGGGGUUGGGAUCCUCGAGACCGGUGGUAUCGCGGAAAGCGAUGAAGCGAAUGGCACAAUCGUAACGAUAUCGGAACCCCCCGAACCCAUUCAACCUCUGCCCAGUACUGUGGCGUCCAAGGUCGAGGGGCUGAUGCUUGGCAAACGCGAAUUCGACGAACUGACACUGUUGGCAACCGCAUCGGCGGAUAAUAACAACAAUGACGACGAACCUAGCGACGGUCCGGAGAUUCACGAGGUCACCGACAGUGACGCCGAGACCGACAAUAGUAUCAACAGUAGGCCAACGACGGCCGCAGUUUUCAUCGUCGAGGCAGAGUCCGACGUCGAGAGGGACAGUGUCCUCGAUCAACGGUGCCACGAUACCAUCGCCGAGGAGAGCGAAGAUCACGAAGACGAAACUCUCCUCGAAUCCGAGGGUUUUCCUGAUCUCGACGAUGUUGAAAUCUCUCAAGAGAUUCUUGAUCUUGGUGAGUUGAGAAAAGAUACAGAAAAACUUGCUAACCAAGUGAACAAUGCGAAUGAGUCAACUGGCCACGUUAACCUGGACCAAAACACUUUUCUUCGUACCGACGACAGUGAAAAAGUGAUCGAUACCCAACAUGAAGUAGUCGAAGAGUCGGUUGAACAAAACGGUGACAUUACCGUCCGACAAGGGGAAACAAAAGAAAAAGUUCCAGAACCAGGAGACCCUGGAAUGCUGAAAAAGAUUCCUCAAGAAUUUCAACGAGGAGGAAGCCAAACUGAAGAAAUUAAGUUGACCGAAUCAAUAGAAGCUGAAAUUGUCGAGAGUCGUUCUGAAACACUCAAAAACUCGGUACCGGAAGAGUCCUGUGAACGGCAAAGUGGCGAGAAAUCGCCAACGAUUUCGUGUCCAGAAAUACUGACAUCCAUUGCACAAGAUGACGGAGAAGUAGGCAAUGGGAAACCAGAAGAAAGUGUGAAAAGUGAUGAAAAUGGCGUUGGAGAAAUCGGUGGAAGAAGCUCGUCCGUAGAAGACGACAGUCUUGAGGAAAAACUUGACAAUCGAGUACCAGCCAAGAUGGGAGAAACUUCAAAAGAUGAAUAUUGUGACAAUCUCGAUAAUUCUUCGCUAGUCAUCGAACAGAAAUUGUCAAAAGUUGAGGAGGAAGUUGAAGCGACGAAAUCCAUCAACGAAAUGAAUUCCUUCGAAGAGAUUCUCCACUCGGGUGGGACGACGGAAACCUCGAAAAACUUCAACGAAUCGAAGGUUCGUGCGAUUCCUGUUGAAGUUGAAAAACCAGGCGAUCUGUCAGACUCUCAAAUGACCAAAGAAGUCGAGAACAAGCUCAGACUCUACAUCGAGGGCCUUGAACUACCGACCUUCAACGACGAGCUACAAACAAUUGAUCAUCGCGGGUAUGAGAUCGAACGCGAAACGAACGAAAACUCUUCUCAACGGAGAGCCAAAAAGCGUGCGAUUUUGGAUUCGUAUUAUGCGGAGGCAAAACACGCCGACAGAUUUCUAGAUAUUAUACAAGAGGAAGGUGAGAAACUCUCCGAAGGUGAUGAGCGGCACAUACGAGAUUUUAUAAACGAAGAAAUCGGUAAAUUCAGACGAGAAAAACGUGAUGCAAGAAAACCAUUCGAAUCGUACGAGCUCCAUGAAAAAACGGACCAAGAUCCAUCGAUUUUUCCGAGUUCAUGCAGAAAGAAUGUGAACGACUGUCCGCCCUGCAUUAUCGAAGAAAAAAAUGAUGCAAACAUCGUAACAGUACGAAAAACUGUCGAAAAUACUCAUGAAAUAGAAAAAUCGACGGAAGAAUCGCGAAUCGUAGUUACAAAAACGCUAACAAAACAAGAAAAUAGUAAAAUUUCCGAAACAACGAUAAAUCAGCGCACGAUUGAACGGCUCAACGACGAAACACGUUCCGACAUCCGAACUCGUAAUAACGGCAUCUCCAGUGGACUCUCGAAUGGGGAUGAGCACUCCACCAGUUCUCGGGAUGCAGGGCCCCCAAUUCCGCCACGAAGAUCUUCCAAUUUCGUUCCGGACAGCGAACCCCUCGAACCACCGACUCCACCGAGCGUAGACUACCCUACGGAGCUACCGGAAGUGCCAACCUUACCAGCCGAGGUAUUGAUAGCUCUUCAACAGCCACCAGUCCCUCCCAAACGGAAAAGGAAAAUCAGAGGUUCGAUCGACGUGUCACCGAAGCGUCCGCCUUUGCCGAACAGCGCUUCUCAAUUAAGCGAUCGAGUUACGGAAGAAAAUAUAUACGAAAACAUCAGGCAGGCUCGAAGACUCGCAGAGACGGAAGUCAAUCGCGAUGCUCCUCCUCUGCCGCCGUUACCGCGUGAUCUACAGGAGCUUGAAAAAAGGGACGCUGUUUUGGAGGGUGCCUCUGAAAAUGCCAUUUUCUUAAGUAAUUUUGAACGCUCCAUGGCUCGUUAUAAAGCUGAAAAAAAUGAGGCCAAUUUAGCGGAGCUCACUACGCAAAUGGCAUCGUCGCCGGAGAACAUGCAACGGGAGCACCAACGAGAUCAUCAGUUGCGCAAUUUUCGGGGAGUCGAUGCCGAAGCUACCAACAGUGGUUAUGUCGCUGGCAAUGACGCACGCUUUGAAAUAGCGUCGAGUGUCGGUAACCGUAGCGUUUACGAGGAGAACGCGGCGCCGAUGCCACCGGGGGCACCGCUGUCAUCUCGAAAAAUCGCACCACCGAAUUUUCACCACUCGGAUUUAGCGCGCCGGAGGCCUGAGUUAUCGGACGAGCACUCGCGAACGAGCGAACGGUGCGCGUGUGAGGUUGACAUCAUCGAGAAAAAUAAACAAAUUGGAGGCAGUGUUAGCGACGACGAGGUCGGGCCGGGAAAUCUUCUUGGGAAGGGGACAAAGUUUGAAGGUUUUAGAGACACGACCUUGAGACGUCAUCGAAGGGAAGAUUCUGCGUUGGUUGUUGAUGAUAAAAGUUCAGAAAGUUCGAAAGCGGAAGCGAGCCAUCGAGUGACAGUUGUGCCGGUGGAAAAAUUGUGGGAAAGAUCAAACCUCAGCGACGAAGUUCAUUCGGAAGACAGUGAAAAAAGUGAAUAUCAGAAACAGGAUUUUUUCGAUACCGUUACAAGUGUCAGGGAAGAACGGAGGGAGGAGAAGCGGGAAAAUUCAUUGGAUCGUUCCAAGAGUACGAAUUUGGCAAGCUCCUUCACCAAAGUUACGGAAUAUUCGAUCAACGACUCGAGCGUUACGUUCUCGGAAGGAAAAGCAGACUCUCGAGUAUGCGUCGAGAAUAACCAGGCCGAGAAACCGACAAGACCGCCACGUCGUCUGCAACACUUCUCUUUUUCCUCUUCUGCUUCUCCUGCUCCAUCGCAAUCAUUCGGAAGCAGGAGAACCGAGACGUGUUCAUCUCAAGGCCAAACUAAUUCGGUAACAACGACGGAGGAUAAAAAUUGCGUCGACGCGGAGCCACGAAUUUUGCCCACGCUAUUAGUCACGAAUACGUUGGAGAAAAAUUUCAAUUCGAUCAGCCCCGAGCGAAACGGGCUCGCUGAUGAUCAAGAAUCUUCGAGCAGUGGAGCUGCGACGCCCAACACCGUGCGAUUGAAUUCUUCGAAUUCCUUCACGGACUUGGCUUCGCUGGAGCUUCGCGGAGAACCUGAGAAAUCCGAUGAGCCAAAUGCAUCAUCAGAAACUAAAUUAACGAGAAUUUACGGCGAAGACGAACAACGGAAAUUUAUAGAUUCGCCGUCAUCUCAGGAUCUCUACUACGUUCCUCUCCAGAAUCAAAAUUCCCAUGCGACCAGAGUGAAAUUCAAAACAGGCGAGGACGCUCAGCCAGGUCUGUUGAAAGAUCUUUGCUUAAGAAAAAUCCUCUCACUUCCCUACGGUCUGCAAAUAAUAAACGAAAUAACUCUCCGGAAAUUCAACAUAUUCAAGAACCUCCAGGCCAUCCAGGAAAGUAUAAGUGAGGUAGCGCACCCUGAUCAUUUGAGGUCAGACCUCGUUGAGACCCAACCGGGGAGUGAUUCACCGGAGGAGAUGAAGAAACAGCGACCAAAAACCUGGAUGGGUAUCCCAACCCUGGGAGACUCGAAGCUCCUCGUGUGUCUAUCACCGUCACAACAGACCGACCAGGUCCGGACGAGUGUUGACAACCUUCUCGAUCUCCACAGGAAGUUUUUAAAUCGAAGAAGCUACCACGAGGAUCGCCGCAAUGAAAUUGACGUUCCGAAGUACUGGAUCGAGCUGGAUCCGGAGACAAAAGGGAGCAGUGCCACCACUAAAUCGGCCCAAAGUCGCGAGCAACGUUCGCCCACGUCAAAAUCGUCUCCGGGAAAUCGACUGCUAGAAAUAAUCAAAGAAAACCCCUUACCGUCGAACGAGGGUGGUUGCGAGGCAGCGCCAAAGUUCAGUAGCAUCCCCGAAGAGAGUAGCAACGAAAAGAAUAAAACGUCAGAGUUUCACGACGUAAGGGAAGAUCGUCUGAGGGCCACGAGACUGUCCGAUUGGUUGAGUCUUGCUAGGAAAGAUCCGGAGGAUUACACCGCGAAUCGGGAUCAAUCGAAGAUUCUUUCGGAAGGAAUAAACGAAAAUGUUGAGAGCGAGAGCGGUCGGUGUAGCAAAACAAGCACGAGGGCCACUCGAGGUUCGUCCAUUCCAGGGAGCUCCGAAACGGGAAACUCGAGUGAUGCCGUGAACACUCGAGAUAACGUUAUUAAUAACGAGUACGGUAAGCCCGAAAACAAACGGCACCAGUGCCGUUUGCCCUUGGCGAGUGACGCCACUAAAGCUAGGAGUUCGAUAGAGCAUUCCUACGAGAAAAUUUACAAUCAAGUCGUUUCGGAAAUCGAACAAAACAGUCAGCAGAUUGGAAAGCGAUUCGGGGAGUCUGGUGCACCUCGUGAAAAUCGUGUGAAUUCCGCUUUGAUUGUGAAAUCGACAUCAGCCGGGUCGAACGAGCCUCAUUCUUCUCCGACACCGACUCAUCCAUUCGACAAGUGUCCAAUUUCCUUGAAGAGCGCGAUUAUCGACAAGUCUAGUGUUACGAGUAACGAAGCUUCGUGUAAGCGUACACCCCUGAUUAACUGGACAAGGAGCAAUAUCGACCCGCGUCACAACGUCAAUCCAGCACUUAUCGACGUGAAAAGCGACAAUCGCGAAGAGCACGAAACCAGCAAGUCUACCCGACCCAUUGUCGUCGACAGAUCGUGCAUCGACACGACCAGCAUAUUUAACAAAACACCGCCAAGUUCCCGACUCGCUCCUCGCAAGUACCCGGACCCUGAGACCCUGAAACACGACACCGCUGCUGACAUAAUAAAGAACCUUAAGGAUCUCGAAAGUAACACAAGAUUAUACCAAAACGCACAGAUCGAUGGACGCAGGCGAUAUUCACUGCCUCACGAAUGCUUCGAUCGACAGUUGCGGUACAUCGAACAGCUGGAAAAUCAGCUGAAGGAGGUUAUUCUCGCCGAGGAGGAGGAGCGUAAGGCCUUCGCUGAGUUUCAGAGCCACGCGAAUCGUCAGAAGGGCCAGAGCAUGAUCAAUCUCUCGGAAACUCAACAACACUUCCGGGAUCCAUUUAUCGAAGAGAAAAUGAACCCGCAGCCAGGCAACAGCCACGGUAAUGGGAUGAAGGUCGCAUCGAGUGAUGAUUCUCCGGGCACUCGGAGAGAAUCUUGGCACGAAGAGUCAAGAACGCGGCAAGGUGAUCGCUCCGAGUUCUCGAAGAAAGAGGGACAUCGGGAAACAACGAAAUCCGUCAUGGACCAAGGUGACCUUCGCGUUGAGAAUUCCUCUACGAGUUACGAGAGUCUCGAAGAAAAACAAAUAACCUCUGGCGGUGAAACGUUGACCCUACGCGAGAGUGUCGCUCGAGCAACAGGCUCUGAGAAAAAAGUUCCGGAACCCUCAUUUUCCGAGGAGAAGAAAGCGCAAGGGAACGACGACAAUCUCGAGCCGAAAAAAUCCUGCCACGCGAAGGCUUCAAGGGCAAGCAGUGCAUUGGCACCAAACGGUGAAGUUUUUCGUCGUAAAAUGUUUGACGAGUACGUGCACAAGGUCCAUGAAAGGGAGGAGCGAAAACAGCACAAGCUCGUUAAGAUAAGCUCGCACGCUGAUAAUCGAGAAAGCGCAGUUGGUUUCCGCAAGAGUCCAAACGUCGACAGGGACAUGAGCCAAAUAGAAAAAGAGUUUAUUGACAGAGCGCGCAAUCGUUUGAGUCGAUUCGGCAUCAAAUUGGACGAGAGCAGUGAAUCCGAGCUUCCCAAUGACGAAGACAAUAAUCAGCUCAAAAAAACAAUCGUUGAAAGCUCGACGGCGAGUUCCUCACAAAAGAGUGUUGACAAAGACGACCACGGCGAAUGUGAGACUUCUGCUAAAUGUGUUAUUGAUGGAUGCGAAGUCAGGGAUCCCAAAUGCCUACCAAAACAUCUGCAGGAAUUUCUGGAGCUCGCAACGUCCAACGACCCUGUCGAAGACGAGAGCGUCAUGUUUGCUCCGACGUUUAAGGCCUCGUCGGCAAAACCAGGUGUUUGGUCACCCGGAAGCGAAGCCCCACCUCCGCCGAAACAACCGAGCCCCGAACGUGGCAAAAAUAACGAAAAGGAUGCUGGGAUACCACCGAUUUGGACUCCCUCAAGCGCUGGCACCAGUCCCGUUGCUGAGCGCAAGGAAUUCCGACCGGUUGCUUUCGAGAGUCCUGUACUGAGCCGCAAAAAAUACACGUCACAGAUAAGCUCUACCGAGGCACCACCGCCCUGGAAAGACGAGGAUCUAAAAAAAGAAGCGACACAUACCGUAACUCACAAUAUUACAACGAGGAUCGUCAAUUCUCACUCAGCACCGUCCCAAGGGUUGAACACCCUCGCUGCUACUCCACGCUUACCCCGAGCACAAAAUCCCACAAUAACUUUGCUCCAGAAAGCGAGAGAGGGUCAACUGCCAAAGGGUGCCGCGUAUCUCGAGGACAGCGAGCCCAGUGUUUCUGAGAUCAACUGUCACUCCAGUCCACAAACCGAGCCUACGGAAUACAUAUAUACGGUGAGGAGGGAAUACGAGAGUGAGCCAGAAACGACGCCGGAACGACGUAAAAAAAUGGUGAAUUUGGGUCCACGAAAAAUCGAGGGUAUCGGUCCGACGACCAAGGACGGAAUGCCGGUGGCUCUCAGAUCGGAAGUGAAAGAAACCAAUCAAGCGAAAUGGUACAAGAAAAUGUACGACUCGUUGCACCGUGCCGACAAAGACGAUGACUAUAUCACGGUACGAUACAAACCACGAAGAGGAGCCAGAUACGGAUACGGAAGUUCCAGCGGAUAUUUGAGCGAACCGGAACCUCGUGGCUCCUCCGAAAGAUCAGCAACGCUGGACAACCGUCGACGACAGCGAAACAAGGAGAAUGACUUUUCCACCUCGACUAUGCCCAGGAAAACUGUCACUGUGAACAAUCAAUCGGAAAUAUUUCGCAGCCAACCGGGACGUAUCGAGAAUUACGAGCCUGGUCGAUCCUCGAUUGCGGAAAGAGAAACCAAAGAGUGGUGGGACGAGGUCAUGGACAUAUUUGACGGGUGGCUGGACGAGAACGGGCAUGUCCGUAACGAUCAACGAGUGGAUAACAACGGCAUAGUAAUUCCUCCGCUAAAUAUGAGUCAUCAGGCAUCCCGAGUACUGAGUCUUUCGUACAGACCGGAUUCGAAAGAGAGUCCUUUCGACCAACGCAACUCGCAUACUCCGAAACCUUACAUGAGCCACGCUCUGAAAGAAUCUGGUUACGAAAGUGAUUCGACGCUGAUUUUCCGACGCCGAGACGACGCUAGUCCUUUGAGUCCAUUGGAGCAAAGACUCGCGUACAAAACAAUCCAAAAAGGUGGUGACGUUCCGCUCCAUGGUCUACGGAAACCCGCUCCCGAGCGACCGAAGGAGUACGCGAUUGCACCCCCGCCACCACCAAAAGCUCAGCACAACCGGAGCGAACGGCCAGAAUCGCCGAGACGAUAUGUGGAAGGUGAGGUGACGAUACACUAUCGUUCCCCGGUUCGUCACGAGGCAAAGGAGAUACUGAGCGAGGAAGAAUUGGCUCGUAGGAGCGCCGAAAAUAUGCGACGAGUUUAUCAGGAAGAACGACGUCGAAAGUAUCUUCAGGAAUUGCACGACAUCGAUUCCCGUCGUCAUACGGACAAUUUUGUACCCUCGCAAAAGUCUCCCAUACCGCUCAACCGGUAUGACGACUUCGUGGACGAUCUCAGCUACAGGAGCAGAUCCCAGGAACCGACACCGGAGCCUCGUCUCGUUGCACGAGCCCUGUACAAUUUCGUCGGUCAGUCCUCCAGGGAACUGACAUUUCGACGUGGUGAUUUGAUCUUUGUUCGUCGACAGGUCGACAAGAACUGGUACGAGGGCGAACACAACGCGAUGAUUGGCCUUUUCCCAUUCAAUUAUGUCGAGAUUUUACCGUACGAUGGGACGAGAACGACGCCUAAAAAACCCUACGAGGGUCAGGCUCGAGCAAAGUUCAAUUUCGUUGCGCAAACCAAUCUCGAAUUGUCACUAGCGAAAGGUGAACUGGUAGUCAUAACGAGAAGAGUUGACGAGAAUUGGUACGAGGGUCGAAUUGGUAAUCGGAAGGGAAUAUUCCCGGUCUCGUACGUGGAAGUGAUGGCCGAGCCAGGUCACAGAUCAGAAACUCCGGUGCUCCAGAGCAGCAAACCAGUCGCGUCCCCAGCAGCUCACAGCCUUUUAUCGAAUGGUACAUCAGGUGGAAAAAUGAGCAUGGGACCCCAUCAUUACACACCGACGAUGCCAGUCAACACAAGCACAACUCAGCCCCAUUAUAACUCACUGCCACGCAUGGGAGGCAACAAAUUACACGUUGCACCCGUGAACGAGACUCUGCACAUUGACACGCACUCCGAGACGAUACCUUAUCGAGCCCUGUAUAAUUACAGGCCACAAAACGAGGACGAGCUUGAACUCAAAGAAGGCGACACUGUUUACGUUAUGGAGAAAUGUGACGACGGUUGGUACGUCGGCUCGAGCCAAAGAACCGGCUAUUUCGGCACUUUUCCCGGCAAUUACGUCGAACGCUUGAUUCACCGUUUAUUCGAGCUCGAGCUUCUCGGUUAAUUCGUGCACCGCAAGCAGUCACUCGUCGAUUCACUUAAUAUGAAAAAUCAAAUGUUCAAAAAAUAAUCGCUGAUUUACGAUAUUUUUCGUAUUGUUAUACUCGUUUAUCUUCGUUAUUAUUAUUAUUAAUAAUGUCAUUAUUAUAGUUAUUAUUAUGAUGUAUCGAGUUAUUUUAACACUAACGUUGUCACCAUGCAUUGUACACAUCAGAUACAAAUAAAACCUAGUCUAUUACUA